AGAAGCCAAGGUUCAGUGCAGGGGGGAGCUUGCUGUGGAAGCACACACUCAUGCUGCUCAACGGAUUUAUUACCUAGCACAACUCAGAGGCAGUACACAAAUGUCAGGAGAAAUAAGAGCACCACAUUGCAGGAGCUGAGAGGAGAGCACACAGUACUGAGAACAGGGAUACUUCAAACAUUUUGAGCCAAUAAGAAAUUUGGAUGAUGUCAGAUCAGACUGCAACAGGGCAAGGUGGAGGGGGUAAACCAGAGGGCAACCCUGGUAACCCACAAGGCAAUCUAGGCAAAAACCUAGGUGAUAACCCUCAAGCUAAGCAAUCUGGUGCUGUGCCCGAGGUCAGUAAGGGGAGCUUGCCUGCUUGUGAGGCUCCUGGGGACACAGUGGACAAAGAAGCUGGAAAGCUCUCUGAUCCCGCAAAGCAAGGCCCACCGCCUCCAGACAAAGAUCCUGGUAUUCACUUCUCUAUUGGCCUUGAAGACUGCAAAACUAUUGUUGGAGAGUCUGCUGAGCUGGUCUGCAAACUCAGCAAGGCUGACUGUAAGGGGGUCUGGUACAAAGAUGGAAAAGAGAUAACUGGUUCCACUGAGGGUUUAACUAUUAGCAAAGAUGGUACUACUCAUAAACUGAAAAUUCAUAAGGUGUCAGAGGAAUUUGCUGGAAAAUACAAAUUUGAAUCUGAAGGCCGUAAAACUGAAGCUGUGAUCAUUGUUGAAGAUCCACCAAGAUUUAAUACAAAGGACCUUGAAGGAUUUGCAAAACCAAGGGUGAUUAAAACUAAUCAAAGAGCUGAAUUCAAAAUACCAUUUAUUGGCCAUGAGCCCAUGAAAGUACAGUGGUACAAAGAAGGAGAAGAACUUGCACCAUAUGUUAACUGCAAGAUUGAGAUUUCUGAAGGCCAUAGCCGUCUGGUCCUAAACAAACAACAGCGGAAAGACUCAGGAGAAAUUAAGCUCAAAAUAAAAAAUGAGUUUGGCACCGCUGAAGCUAUUACUUCUUUAGUUGUGCUUGACAAACCUACACCACCCCUUGGACCUCUUGAAAUUAUUGAGGCCACUUCAAAUUGCAUUGAGAUCAAAUGGCGCCCACCAAAAGAUAAUGGGGGUUGCCCAAUCACUCAUUACCAUCUUGAGCGCAAUCAGGUUGGACGCAACACCUGGAAGAAGAUUGGCCAGAUUCCUGGUGAGGCCCAUUACAAAGACACUGAUGUAGAUCAUGGUAAAAGGUACUGUUACCGCAUCAGAUCUGAAACAUCAGAAGGCAUUAGCGAGGUAAUGGAAACAGAGGAUGUCCAAGCUGGCACUAAAGCCUAUCCUGGUCCACCUUCUGCUCCAAAAGUUGUUAGUGCCUUCAAGGACUACAUCACCUUGUCAUGGGUCCCUCCCACUGACACUGGUGGUUCCAACAUUCUGGGCUACAAUCUAGAGAAGCGCAAGAAGGGCAGUAACCUGUGGGGCCUUGUUCAUCCACCAGAGGAACCAAUCAGAACUAAGAAAUAUGAUUGUAAAGAUGUUAUUGAAGGCAUGGAGUACGAGUUCCGUGUGUCUGCUAUCAACGUUUCUGGAACCGGUGAACCUAGCACACCAUCAGAGUUUGUGUUUGCCAGAGAUCCAAAAAAUCCUCCUGGUAAAGUCACUGACCUGAAAGUGACAGAUUCCACAUACAACACUUUGUCCCUUUCUUGGAUUAAACCAAAAGAAGAAAAGGGAGUACAUGACGAUCCUAAAGGAUAUUUCGUUGAAAUCCGACCUGCAGAGAGCACAGAAUGGGAACGCAGCAAUAGCAAUGCCAUUAUCAUGACCUUCUUCACAGUAAAGGGAUUGAAGUCUAUGGCUAUGUACUGGGUGAGAGUGAUAGCUGUUAAUGAAGGGGGAGUGGGAGAACCUCAGGAGCUGAAGAAUUACAUUUUGGCUAUGCCCCCUCCUGUGAGACCAAGGUUUACAGAUUUAAAGAUCAAGAGUUUCAUGGUUGUCCGAGCUGGAAAUUCAGCACAAUUCAACAUUAACUUUGUGGCUUCUCCAUGGCCUGAGAUCAUUUGGCUUAAGGACGGUGUUCCUGUUCCCAAACGUGUCACCAUAAGCAAUACUGAAGGGGGCUCCCAAAUCCUGAUCGCUUCUGCAGAGCGCUCUGAUAGUGGAAUAUACACCAUCAUAGUCAAGAACAUUGUGGGCCAGGAAACCUUGAGUAUUGAAAUUAGAGUAACAGAUGAGCCCAAGCCCCCAGGUCCUGUGGAACUAGAUGAGAAUGUACCAUUCACAGUAACAGUGUCCUGGACACCCUCACCAGAUGAAAAGCGGGAUGACCGUCUGCACUACAUUGUGACUAAGAGAGACUCUAGCAAGAGGACUUGGCAUACAGUGGCCGAUCGCAUCUUCAACAACAAAUUCACUGUCUGCAACAUCAUGCCAGGAAGAGAGUACCAGUUCAGGGUCUAUGCCAAGAAUGACAUGGGACUAUCUGCCCCUUCAGAGUCACAAAAGUGGCUCAUUACAGUGAAGAAAGAGAAGUUCACAUUGGUCCUUCCUGAGCCAAAAACCUGUAACCUAGAGAGGCCUCCUAAGUUCUUGCUUCCCUUGAAACUGCACUCAGCUCCAGAGGGUUAUGAGUGCUAUAUGAGUUGUGCUGUGAGGGGAGACCCCAGCCCCCAUGUCACCUGGUACCGUAACAACAUUAGUAUCAACACCGACACCAAUUACCUCAUCACCAACACGUGUGGUGUCUGCUCCAUGCUCAUCCUCAGGGUGGGCUCCAAGGACACAGGAGAGUACAAAGUCGUGGCAGACAAUCCAUUAGGAAGAGCCGAGUGUUCUACCCAUCUGACAGUCAGAGAAUAAAAGCCAUGGCUGCAAAGCAACAACAAGGAUUACUUCUACCAAGUCUUUAUAAUUAUUGCUGGUUUUGAGUUUUUGUAGAAGUAAUGUAAACAUUUUAUAAACAAACAUUUCAUUACAUGCAAUAUGAUGUAUUUCAGCAUUCUACACGUUGCAAAUAACAUAAAUGACAGUAUUUUUAAUGAGUUGUAUGUUCCACUGUUAAUUUGUGAGGCAAAGGUUGUUACAUUAAUUGGUAGCAAAUGCUCUGGACAUACAAUCUUAUAUAUAUUCAGAUAUACUUUUUAAAAUCUUUCCUUUCUAUGUGCUUGAAGACCUGGGCUUGUUUGCCUUAAUGCUUUACUUGUCAAAAUAAUUAAUUGUGUUUACUGCAAUCAUCAAAAUACUUCAAUGAUUUGUCAUUCUGAUAACUGUUUGCUAUUUACAUCAGGCUUUUUGUUUGUUUGGUUGGUUGGUUUUGUUUCAGGUUUUAAACUAGGAUGUACUAAUUAAAAAUUAAGAGAAUAUGACUUGAAAUAUUAUCUAUCCAUCUAUGUUAACUCUUGAGAAGAAAUGUAAAUAAACCAAUCAAGUUACUUGCCUCUGAA